GGUUAGUUUACAUAAAAUUGGUGUGUCUGAAAUACGGUUUAUUUAUUUAUUAAAAUAAUGUGAAAAAAUUACGAGAGUAAUUUAUUAUUAAAAAAAUUCAUAAUUUUUUUUCGGAGUUUUCUGUGCGGUUGUGCUUGUGAAUCAAAAAAAAACAAGGCUGUGACGAAAUUUUGUGUUAUACUAUUUUUCCGAUAUGUUUCUAUAAACACGAAUGAAUGAAUGCUCGGCAACAACUUCGAAACAAAAAACAAGAAAACAAUAAUACAAGAAAUAAAUAAAAUAAAUUGCAUGUUCUCGAAACAAAACAACAUUAUUAUUUAUCAUCAUUAGUCGUCGAAGAAUUUUCUAGAAAACUACUUUUUUUCAAAACGCAUCAUAACGCAACAAGAACAACAACACACGUACAUCCAUCCAUACAUCAUUAUUAUAGAAAUAUAAAGUCUUAAAAAUAAUGACCCAGUUAACUGAUAUCGAAGGCACUGUUGACACCACUAGUUGUGUUGACACCAGUUAUAACCAUCAUCAUCAUCGUAAUGAAAUAGAUGAUCUUGUUGUUGUAACAGACGCGACGUCAGAUAAUAAUAAUGCCAUCGACGCCAACAUGAAUAUAAAACAACGACCUAAUGACGAUGUUCAUGUUACUAUGGCAACCAACAAUCAUCAUCAGCAGCAUCUUAGUGGUAGUACCAUCACGAAGGAUGUCGGAGAAGAAAUGAUUGUAACAAAACGACAGAAUUAUUUGAAUAAUAAAGAUAAUUUAUUAGAAAGAAAUCAUAUUUAUGAUUCAGCAAAACAAAAUAACAAUGAAAUUAUAAAUAAUAUAAAAACAACAACGAAAUUUCUAGAAAAUAAUAAUAUUGAAAAAGAUGUCGAUGAUGAUCAGUUCUUAGCCGAAGAAGAUACUGAUUUGUUGACGCAAGAUGAUGACGCACAAAAACAUGUAGAUUUUGUACCAAAAUAUAGAUGGCCAGAUCUAUUUGGUCUUGUUAUAUUACAUAUUGCAUUUGUGAUUGCAUUUAUAUUAAUGUUUACAACUGCCAAAUUUUAUACAACUUUAUGGACUUUCUUUUUAAUAUACGCUUCCGGUUUUGGAAUCACUGCAGGAGCACAUAGAUUAUGGUCACAUCGAGCAUACAAAGCAAAGUGGCCGUUAAAAUUGAUUCUUACAUUUUUAUUUACAAUAUCAGGGCAAAGAGAUGCUUACACUUGGGCAUUGGAUCAUAGGAUACAUCAUAAAUAUAGUGAAACGACAUCCGAUCCACAUGAUGCAACACGUGGAUUUUGGUUUGCUCAUAUUGGUUGGCUAGUAUUAACGCCACAUCCAAACGUUGUGCAAAAACGUUUAGAGGUUGAUAUGAGUGAUUUAGAAGCGGAUCCAAUUGUUAUGUGGCAAAGGAAGUUAUAUCUUCCUCUUUUCAUGGUAAUAGCUGUGCUAAUGCCAGUACUUGUUCCAUUUUAUUAUUGGAAUGAGCAAUUAUGGGUAUCAUUUUUAUUGAGUUUUGCCUUCCGUUAUGCAUUUACCUUGAACCUUGCUUUCUUCGUAAACAGCGCUGCACAUAUGUGGGGUAACAAACCUUACGACAAAUUUAUCAAUCCCGUCGAAAAUAUUUAUGUAUCAAUAGCAGCUUUAGGCGAGGGAUGGCAUAAUUACCAUCAUGUAUUCCCGUGGGAUUAUAAAACAUCAGAGCUGGGUACUUACACGUACAAUAUAUCAACGGGUUUUAUUGAUUUAUUUGCAAAAAUCGGUUGGGCAUACGAUCGAAAGAAAGUCUCACGUGAAAUGAUUGCAAGACGUAAAGCAAGAACUGGUGAUGGCAGCCAUGUUUGGGGUUAUGGUGAUAAAGAUAUUGCAAAAGAGGAUUUAGUGGAGUUAGAACGAAUGAAAGAAUAAAUUAUUUAUAUAUGUUUUUCGAUAUUUGUUAUACUGUUUUUUUUUUCAUAAUUUAAUUUUCGAUUUUUAUACAGGAUGUUUCAAAAUUGCAUGGUUGCAUCGCCGUUAGAUUACAGUAUAUAUUUUGUAUUUAAAAAAAAAAAAAUUCAAAUUUACUUCUAAAACAAUAUAGAGUGUCAUGGCGUCUUGAAUGUCAUCAUUAGUUGACAUACAAGCAUUUUUGUAUAUGCAAGUUUACAAGUAUUUGCAAGUUUAUAUGUUUUUGAAUUUGUUGAACAUAGCCUUUCAUAUGGCGUGACGUAGUACCUUCAAAGUACAUCUGAUUGGUGUUUGCUGUCACGUGACCGGAUGUAUAAUUUUAAAGCAUUUAUUUUAUAUAAUUAAUAAUA